AUGGGUAAUGAACUAAUUACAAGUUUUGUGAAUAUGUCAGAACAAAAAGUUGCGAUUGGUGCAAAAACAAUCAGAGGUGCAACUAAAAUGGCAACAGUCACAACAACAAACAAAAUCAAGUCUCUUGGCGAUGAAGCGUUCAGUGGGUGUGUUGCUCUGACAAAAAUUGAUGUUACAGAACUCACAACAAUUCCAGCAAAGUGUUUUGAGGGUUGCACUUCUCUGGCAACAGUCACUGGAUUUGAAGCAGUCACUUCAUUUGGCGAGUCAUCGUUCACAAAAACAGCAAUGCCAACAAUCACUUUUGGUAAGGCGGUGACCGAGUUUGGAAAUAUGGCUUUCAAAGGAAUCACAACUGUUACAGAUAUUGCAAUUCCAACAGUUACUUCAUUUGGAACACAUGUUUUUGAUGGAAUCAAAACUUUGAAACAUGCCGAUUUGUCUGAAAAUACAAUGAUUCCUGAAGGUACUUUUAUGGGAUGCUCUAUGUUAAAUAAUGCUUUAAGAACACAGAAAGUUGAAACAGUUUGA